AUGGCAAAAAAAGAAAGAUCAAGCAGAUCGGCAAAGUAUCGACUCUUCCUCGUCGCCUCUCGCACCGACCUACUUGGACCCUCUCAGCCCAUGGACGUUCCCCCAAGUCAGGGAUGGAACGAGACGGGAUUUAAUACUCGACGUGUGCAGCCAGGACUUUGCAGCUUGCCUGAUUUUCGAUACCAUGUCGCAGCAGCGCUCAUACCUGCAUUCGUUUGGGACGAUCCGCGGCUAAACUUCCUACAAAAGUUCAAGAAAGCUCAUUUUUUUGAACACUUUGGGAAGAUCGAAAAUCAAAUCAGUAACAACAGAUGGGACGAAGUUGACAUUAAGAGGAUCGUGGCGAUUGAAGAAACCGGAUGGACGAACCAGGAAUUGAAUGAUGUUACAAAUCAAUUCAACGUCAUCCUUUGGAACUGUUGGCAGAAUGACUGGCCGCGUCAAAAGAAGCCCUAUUACAACCCACUGUGGUGGAACUGCCAUGACGUCGCAAUGCUUUUCAUUCAUCUUCUUGAUAUAUCUGGGGCCUCGGACAAAAAGCUUCCCCGUAUCUAUCACCUGCUAUGUCGCCGGAGACGCGAUCUCCAAAUCACAAUCGAAUCUCAUAUGCUCGCACCGUCCACUAUAGCGAGUUCAUUACAAUCUGCCAUUCAUAUACUUUCAGAUUUAGGUCAAGUCACAGGUAUCUUGGGUGCUGGUGCUGGCGUCGGGGCCGCCAGUCUUACUGUUAGCGCUGGUGGCAUCGGUUUUGAAGCAGCAGGUGGCGCACUGGUUGCGACAAACCCUUUGCUGGCUGGCAUUUGUGCUUUGGGACUGACGGGAUUUUUGGCAAUCAAGUUAUACUCCAUCAUAAACCAGAAAGCUUCGUUGAAGAUGCGAGCCAAAAUAAUGGCCUGCGUUGAAGAGAAGCUACCUAGGUUGAAGGAAGCCAAUCAAUGGGUUGAGUCAGGCUUGACGGAUUCUGAGGAUACUCUGACGGAAGGGUUCAAGUUGUUUCAACAAUGGCUUGCAACAGAUGUAUGA